GGAUGAAAGUAGGUAAAUGGGACAUUAUGUAUUGUAAGAAUGGAGAUGGAAAAUAUAAAUAAAUGUAAAUUUUAUAAAAUUAAAAGCAAUAAUAUGAAUUUAGAGGCGAUGGAAUAUCAUUAAGAUGGGAUAUAUAUAAAUAUUGGAAAAUGGAUAGAGUUGAAUGAAGGAUUUAGAAAUCAAUAACUAAUCAUCCAUAAAGGCGAAUAUAGUAUAAACGGCAGGAAGUUAGGUAGAUUGAAUAUCAUGUAUUGCCUUUUUCUAAAUAUAGCACAUAAAUAAAUGUAAAAUGAUAAAAAUAUAUGUUUUUAGUAGAGGUGGACUAUACGAUUAAGGCGGCAGCUAGAUAAAAAUUGGAAAGUGGAUGAAGUUCGAUAAACGAUUUAAGGAUAAAAAUUAGGUCACUCAGUAUGGCGUAUAUAAUAAGGCAUGA